GAGGGAAAACAGUCCAUGGCAACACGAGCGUUUCACGACAGUCACAUAACGUAUUACGGUGGCCGGCGGCGUAUAUUUUGCAGAAUCACCAUGGCGCUGAAAGAGACCGUGGGGCUGUACGAGACCCUCAAAGCGGAGUGGAACAAGAAAAACCCAAACCUGAGUAAAUGUGGAGAAUUUCUGACCAAACUCAAGAUUUCAUUACUGGAGCUGAACUUUUUACCUACCAGUGGGUCUGCGCUCACCAAGCAGCAGCUCAUUUUAGCUCGCGAUGUCCUUGAAAUUGGAGCCUUGUGGAGUAUCCUCAAGAAGGACAUCCCAUCCUUUGAGAGAUACAUGGCCCAGCUAAAGUGUUACUACUUUGAUUACAAGGAGGAACUGCCUGAAGCUGCCUACAUGCACCAGCUGCUUGGACUGAACCUGCUCUUCCUGCUCUCACAGAACCGUGUGUCUGAGUUUCACACAGAACUUGAGAGACUGAGUGCACGAGAUAUUCAGACCAACGUAUACAUCAGGCACCCGGUGUCCUUGGAGCAGUACCUGAUGGAGGGAAGCUACAACAAGGUAUUUCUUGCCAAAGGCAACAUCCCUGCUGAGAGCUACACGUUUUUUAUAGAUAUUCUGCUUGACACAAUUCGUGAUGAGAUUGCAGGCUGCAUAGAGAAGGCAUAUGAGCAGAUCCAGUUCAGUGAAGCCACUCGUGUGCUUUUCUUCAGUUCCCCAAAAAAGAUGACAGAGUAUGCCAAAAAGAGGGGAUGGAGUUUGAGCCCAGAUGGCUAUUACUCUUUCACCAGUCAGCAGCAGCGGACAGAAGAGGUGACCAUCCCCUCUACGGAGCUGGCACAACAGGUCAUCGAAUAUGCACGACAGCUGGAAAUGAUUGUGUAAUCCGCCCCCAGGAACACACUCAACUAUGUACAGACACACUCAGACACACACGACGCUGAUCCAAUAUACAUCCAGUCAGCUCAAAUGCAGUCUGCCUGAGGGUUAUGAUUUCAUUCGUUGUCGGAGUGGUUGAUUUGUGGGCCGUACCUCAAAAAUCAAUCAGCAUCUGUUUUUCCUGUAUUCUUACACCUGUCUAUAGUUCGUCCUGUCUGGCAGUUUGCUGUCGCUUUAAAAGAUGGGGGGAAAAAAACUAAAAGUGACAGGUGACCAGUCUAUUCAGCAGUUGCUACAUAUCUAUCUUUAUUGAAGACAUUUAAGGGUUUAAAAUGUUACAUUUAAUUAUUUUAUUCAAGAUGCCAUCUGUCCAACAUUACAAUGGAGCUUUUCAUGGGUUAUUCCCAGCUGGUGACCGAAAAAAUAGAACUUCAAGUCCAGCUAAUACAUUGAAUUCUCUUGGCGCUCAGCUCUUUUACAACUACAAGAAAGUUCAUUACAAUGACCACCCUGUGACUUUGCUUUUCGGUGUCACACACAACUUUCAACACAACUGAACAUUUUUUUUCACAAAUUCAGGCAAACUUUUUUUUAUACAAAGUUCAUUUUCUCGUUAGUAGAGCUCACAGAAAUGUAUUGCCCUUGCCUUGUAUCUUAGCAACUGACAGAAUUGCCAUUCAAGUUUGAGCGUUUUCUAAAUAGUAAUGCCACUUCCUCCCUAGAUGGUUUGUAAACCAGUUGAUCUUACAAUGCAAGUCUUUGUCUGCAAUAAAUGAUUCACAGAAUAAACUUUUUGAAUGAC